CCAGGCUGUAACAGUUUUUCUGUGCUAUAUUAUUAAACAUUACUCGGUUUCUUUCUGCAUACCCUUUGGGCCUUGGGUGUUCAACUGCACACAAUAUCAUGUCAACAGAUAUCGCUGGUUGGCGGUGUUUCACAUAACUACCGAUCAUUCAAGGGAUAUGUUUCUUACGCCAAAAUAAACAGCAGUAAUGUUGAGUGAUGAUCUUGGUGUCACCGGAUCAGCUGUUCCUGGACACUUGCUUCACACUGCAGAAACUUGAUUUGCUCGUUUGUAGUCUACCGCAUUGUACUGCAUCUGAAUUGGCUGUGGUCGAUGUGUAAUAUUGUACGAUUAUAGCUUGAUAUGGCUCGUGUUUUAUGGCAGAAAAGAUUAGGGUUGUAUGGACCAAAGAGUGAAGGCGGCGCGGAGAUUAUGGUGGAUUACUCUGGACGAACAAGUCUGUGCCAAGAUUGUUCUUGUUCAAACAGAUCACAGCAAAUACUGUCAGACGUACUUGGGCCCUUGGCUUGGAAGUGCCUGCUUGGAAGGCAAACAAUGGAGUGACACACACACAACCCUUCCCUGUCGGAGGACACAUCUGCAGUAGCAACUUCCAGGCACAGAUCUGUCUUUGUCAGAGGCUUCAACUUUGGCAAAGAUGAGCUUGAUAAUGCAAAUGCAAGCUUGAAGUUUGCCAAAGGGAGGAGAGGAGAGAAGUACUGAAGAAAGAGUAACACCGGACAUUGCAAGUGGUGCAGAGGAGGAAGGGGUGAGGCAUAUAUACUGAACACAGAAGAGAGCUGAUCGAGCAUUUUAGUCACUCUUAGCCAACAUAUGUACAGACUGACAACUGGAAAUGGAUUAAAUAAAGGAGAGGCCUGGGAAAUUAUCUGACGGGCCUCCUCUAAGCUUCCUGCUGCAUCAUUUUUGACCGUGAAGGAACCCCCCCCACCACUUUCAUUUUGUGAACUGCUCGGUGGUUUUACCAGUUAUGAUCCGUUUCACUUGCUAGAUGUGAAGAAACUUGUUUAACUUUGCAAGAAAAAUGGGGACUAGGGAAUCAUCUUUAAAUGCAGUUAGUGUUACUCAACAGACAGAACUGAUUUCCCUGGAAGGAGUACUCCAUGUGUUUACCUAUUCUGUUUGUAAAAUAGAUCAAAUGCAACAUCACAGUCAGUCAUGGGUCAGUGUCAGCUCUAAAGAUGCAACAAGCCAAUGUUGGUGCCCUUUACAUGACUGAAAGAGAAAAUUAACCCCCAGAUAGCUCUGAAGAUGACUAUGUCCUCUCCUGUGGGAUCAGAAGGUAUCACUCUGGCUCAGCCCAUCCCAGUCCCAGCACUGACUGUCCUGCCACCAUCCUCAGAUACAGAGUCCUGGUCUCGCUCACCUAGCCCUAGACUGUCACGCUUCAGCCGCCACAGUGGAUCCCACCACAGCAGGACCCGAACUAAGAAACGAAAUGAGGAAGAGAGAGGCUGCACUCCUAAGCGAGGUAAAACGCCACAAAUUGUAGUAGAGACCACUGUGGAGAGGGGCACCAUUCGACACCGAAGCCCUUCGCCCUCCCCCUCUGUGGCCACUAAGAUGGAGGGGGAAGAGCAAGGUCAGGACAGCCCUUCACAGGACCUCCUCCUGCCACCGUCUCGCUCGUGGUCUCGUAGUCCCUCUCCCAGCCGCCGCUCCCGUUGGUCCCUCAGGAGCCUGCUCAGCAGAGACUCUGACUGGGACAGCUUCAGUACAGCCAGUAACUCUCCACGCAGCACCCCUGGCAGCUCUCCCUCCCUGCGGCGCAGGGUCCUUGGGGGUGGUAGGGCCAGUGAGACCGAGGGGGGAGGAGGAGAGAAGAGCACUGGUGGAGGAGGUGGAGGUUCAGAUAGCCCCCUGCCCUCCAUACCCUCUGCCUCCUCCCUCACAUCCGCCUACCCCCUUGCCUCUCGCCACUUCAGCCGCAAUGCCAAGAAAAUGCAGAGCUGGUACAAUGUUCUCAGUCCUACAUACAAACAGCGGAACGAGGAUUUUCGUAAACUCUUUAAGAAACUUCCCGACACAGAGCGACUUAUAGUGGACUACUCUUGCGCUCUGCAGAAGGACAUACUGCUUCAGGGCCGCCUUUAUCUUUCCGAGAAUUGGCUCUGUUUCUACAGUAAUAUCUUCCGCUGGGAAACCACUAUCACUAUCCUGCUGAAAGAUGUGACCUCUAUGACCAAGGAGAAGACUGCUAAGCUCAUUCCAAACGCCAUCCAGAUCAGCACUGACAAUGAAAAGCAUUUCUUCACAUCUUUCGGAGCAAGGGAUCGCAGCUUCAUGAUGAUUUUCCGUCUGUGGCAGAACGCACUGUUGGACAAGUCUUUAUCCCCGAAAGAGCUCUGGCACAUCGUACACCAGUGUUACGGCACUGAACUAGGCCUCACUAGCGAGGACGACGACUAUGUCUCCCCCACCGCCGAACACAUGAACGGCCUACUGCCAGGAGACGAGUCAGUGUCGGUCACAGAUCUACUAGACCUCAGCUCAGUGUCAGUUCCCUCUACCGGCAGCUCUCCCCCUCCCCUGGUGCCCUGCGGUCCAGCCAGCCCCUCCUCUGCUACAAACCUCGGGGGCUCCUCUCCCCCUUACUCCGCCUCCUGUCUGCCCAUAGAGGUGCCUUCCUCAUCUGGACACAGACUCAGCUCUGACCCCCUCGAACCCAGCCCAACGAGCUCCCACAGCUCGUUGCCAUCCACCACCCCCACCAACGCCUCUGCUUCUGCCCCUGCCCUGGCCUCUGCUGCUGCCUCAUUUAAUCUGGAAGAGGGUGGGGACAGCCUGUCUGAGUCAGCCAAUCACAUGCUGCCCCUGCCAACCACCAGUCUGGGAAACCUCUCCUCAUUGGACAUGACCAACGAUGAAGAACUGCCCACAGACCCCAGCAACUCCUCUGACACGCAAGAAGAGAGUGAAGUGGAGUCCUUCUGUGCUGACCUGAGCGGGCGGCUGCACAUCAACUCUGUGGUCCGCAUGAGUGUAGACAAGCUGCACGAUCUGCUCUUUUCUGCUGACACACACUUCAUCCAGCACCUCUUCUCUCAGCGACACUUUACUGACCUGUCGGUGGGUGAAUGGCAGCAGGACAGCAGCAGUGGGAAUACCAGCCGUGUGCUUAGCUACACCAUUGCCCUCAACAACCCCCUCGGCCCCAAGACUGCCCCCGUGGUGGAAACGCAGACAUUGCAUAAAAGCAGUGCCCGGGGCGAGUGUUAUGUGGUGGACUCGGAGGUCAUCACCUCAGGCAUUCCCUACCAGGACUACUUCUACACUGUCCACAGAUACUGCCUAACCUCCAUGAACAAGCACAAGAGCCGGCUCAGAGUUUCCUCAGACAUUUGCUACCGAAAGCAGCCGUGGAGUCUGGUGAAAGCGUUGAUUGAAAAGAACACCUGGAGUGGAAUUGAGGAGUAUUACAGACACAUGGAGAGUGAGGUGUGCAAGCUGGAGACACUACUGCAGUCUGAGGUUUCCGUGGUGACCACAGGCGAAGCAGUGGGCGCCGAUGCUGCCAAGACCCCACCGGCCCUUCGCCGCCGCAAACGCACCUGCUCCCGACGGCAGGGCGAGAGGGAGAGAGAGAGGGACGGAGGAGGUUUGGGCACCGGAGAACGAGGGGACAGAGGAGUCGGAGAGGAGAGGGAAAGGAGAGAAGCCAGUGCUCAGUAUUUGAAGCUGGGAGAGCGUUCACGUGGUGGGGGACACAACAGUAUAUCCACCAUCCUCCUCAUCGUCAGCUUCAUUCUGGUGGUGUUGGUGGCUCUCAACAUGCUGUUGUUCUACAAAUUGUAUGCUCUGGAAAGAGCGGCCCAUACACUGGAGACAUGGCACUCGUAUUCAGUUGCUGACAGUCCUUUACCCCAGACGGCUGGAGAGUGGGCUCAGGUCUUGCAGCUCCAGAGGCAGUUUCACCAGGCUCAGCUCAGCAAGUGGCAGCAGAUCCUGCAGUCCUCUGUCACACUUCUCGACCAGAUGAAGCAGUCUUUAGAAAAACUCCACCGGGGUAUUGUGGUCCAAGAGGUGCAGCAGGACUCCCCCACCGAAACCCUCAAAGAGUCCCAGACUGAGGCCUGAGCCCUACCUCUUCUGGUCAACACCACUCUGACUGUUCCACACCUCUAGAUACACCGUGGCGGACCCCUCUGUUCUCCCUCUUUUCCCUCCCUCAUUUCAAAGCUAAAACCAGGUGUGGGACAUGCGGGGGGGGGGGACUACAUUACCCACAACUCGCCUCGCCUGACUGACUUGAAAUGGCAACGUUCGCCUUCAGCCUCAAACAGUAACAACUUCAGUGAACUCAAUGGAAGCUGGAAGCUAUCGGGACCACAGCAAUAAUUUAUCCACAGCUGCAAGUGAUCUGUAUGUAGUGUAUGGAAACAGGCCACUGGUGGGCCGAUUCAGACCAUCUACUCCUCAAGAAUCCUAGACAUUUCAAAAUGGCCAACCCUGUUUCAGAGUAACUUUAAUUCAGACAUCCUCCCCAAUUUUACGACUAUCACAGACUUAAUUUCCUUUUCUGACCUGCUACAUUUCAUAUAUUUAGUGGAAAGGGAUCUGUGAUUUUGGAAACUGGGAACAGUUCCAAGUCCUGGGAACAGUCAGACACAUUUGCCUCAAGUGAACGCCUGCUGAAAAAAAAAAAAAGGGGGGGGGGGGGCCACCACCACCACCACCUGCUGUGUGGAUUUAAGGAACAAACGCGUAGAAGGAGAAAAGAGAGUGCUGACUGGAGCAAGACGCCUCUCUCGCUAUUUCUGUCAGAGAUUUUUUUCUUUCAAGUCCAAGAUGGGCCCCAUCAAAGGCCAUCCACCCCUUGCGAAAAGGGGACGAGGAACAUUUCAACACCAGACACUUCAGUUUUCACCCUGAUUUUUAGAUGUAAAUUCUACAUCUGAAGAUAAACCCCAAACACACUCCCACUCCUCCCGGUCCUGUCGGGGUUUUAUCUUUUUUCAAAAUCAGCGUGUUGGGGUGUUUGUUACGACAUCAUGCUGUUUCUCAGACCGUUACAGUAUUUAUUAUUACCGAUGACUUUUGAUCUGAAGUCCUGUCCUGCUCUUAAGAAGUCAUGUGGUUGGUAUUUUGUGCUCUGAUUUGCUGUUGUGGUGCAGACCAAGAGGAGCUACAAAAGAAUGAUUACUGGUCACAGCAAUAUUGACAAUAGUGAUUCUAGUACUUUUUGAAUGUUUCAAACAAAGUAGUAUAUAAUUAUAAUAAUAAUGAUAAUGAUAAAUUGUGUGUGAAUGUGUGUAGAAGCAGUGAAAAAUCCAAGCAAAGAAGAUUUUGACUUGACAGGUGUGUUUGUUUGUGCUCAUGGGGAGUCCCCAAUGUU